AUGAUUACUGGAGGAGCAGGAGCAACAGUUUUAUACAACUUGAAGAAAAGACACCCUACACUUGACUUACCUGUGAUUGACUAUGAUCUAGCACUUCUUUUCCAACCAAUGUUAAUGCUUGGUAUCAGUCUUGGUGUUGCCUUCAAUGUCAUUUUUCCCGACUGGAUGAUAACAACUUUGCUAAUCAUUUUUUUCACUGGCAUUUCAAUCAACGCGUUCUUAAAGGGUGUUAACACAUGGAAAAAAGAAACACUUACUAAAAAGGAAGCUAGAGAAUCAGAUGCUGGAAGGAUAGAAGAUUUUGUACUUGAUCUACAAGCCGGAGAAUCAGUCAGUGAAAGUCAAACCAAUACCAAUCUACCAAGAAAGAAGGUCUCUGUUAUUGAGAAUGUUUAUUGGAAGGAACUUGGACUUCUUUUCGCUGUCUGGAUCAUGAUACUUGCAUUACAGAUAGGAAAAAAUUAUACGAGAACUUGCUCGGCGGCGUAUUGGAUGUUGAAUCUAGUUCAGGUACCUAUAACUGUAGGAGUGAGUUCAUACGAGGCAGUGCUUUUAUACAAAGGGAAAAGAGUUAUAGCUUCAAAGGGAGAUGAACAGACAAAUUGGAGUGUGAAGCAGUUGAUACUGUAUUGUUCAUGUGGCAUAAUUGCUGGGAUAGUUGGUGGUUUGCUUGGUCUUGGUGGAGGGUUUAUCUUAGGGCCACUUUUCAUUGGACUAGGAAUCCCUCCUCAGGUGUCAAGUGCUACAUCCACUUUUGCAAUGACAUUUUCUGCUUCGAUGUCUGUGGUGGAAUAUUACCUUCUCAAACGUUUUCCUAUUCCCUAUGCUCUUUACUUUGUGGCUGUAGCCACUGUUGCUGCACUUGUUGGGCAGCAUUUGGUGAGGAAGCUAAUUGGCUUAUUAGGGAGAGCUUCAAUCAUCAUUUUCAUCCUUGCCCUCACAGUUUUUGUGAGUGGAAUAUCACUAGGUGGAACAGGAAUAGCAAAUCUGAUUAAAAGGCUUGAAAACAAAGAAUACAUGGGAUUUGGAAACCUAUGUGAGUACAGGGUUAGGAAUUAA